CUAUUUACUUUUUCUUUUUCUUUGUUUGUUUGUUUUUUUCUUUGCUAACAUUUGUAUUCUUUACUGAAUUUCAUGGAACUUAGUUGAAACAUUUUCACAAAGAGAAACAAGGACAAGUUUAAAUAAGAAUUUUUAGUUCCAGCUAACUUACUUACCUUCAGCCAUACUGCAGAAAAGAAAUAACAGAUCCGUUUGGCAGAGUUUGAUGAUAUUGGUAAGAUUUUUAGGGGGAACAAAUCUUGAAUUAGCGGACAGCUUGGAAGAAAGAAAAGAGCUCAGAAGUCAAUUACGAGAAGUUAGAAAAAAACUAUUUGAAGGACCAACAAUCUCAACAACAAAACCAGCGGAGAAGAAAAUUAAUACAAAUGUGGAAAUUGAGAACGCUAAAAAUAGCAAGCUAGAGAUAAAUAAUAACGAUACAGCAAAGACAGGCGAAAAAAUGGCAUCAAGCAUGUCCAUCAAAAUAUCAAGUAACUCUAGAGCGUUUGAUACUAACAAUAAUAGUAUGCCGGCUAAAGCUGGUUUUACAAUUGGAGACGAUAUGUCAACUAAUGAUAUCAAUGGCAGUGCAACGGCAACAGUUCAACCUAAAACUAGAAAUGCUUUAGAUCGAGCAGAACGACGUUCUAGGCGUGCUGCACACAUGAAAGCUUUAGUAAAAGAAAGCAGCAUAGACGUUGCAGCGGGAAAAGCAACUACAGUAGAAGUGAAAAACAAUGAGAUUAAAAAAACAGAAGCUAAGACUGAAACAAAAAUAAACAGUUUUCAGAAGGCGUCUACCGAUCGAUCUGUUGUUACAGAAGCGAAGAAAAACGCUGCACCUUUUUCGGUGAGCAGAUCACAGGAAAACAAGUUCGGAGAAAAAGUAACGUUAAGUUCACGCACUAGUACUCCUGCUUUGAAUGUUCAAGAAGGGAGCCCAAGUGGUUUGCGAAGAACAGCUACAUGGUCGACAAAUCGUACAACACCUUCAAAAAAUAUUGGUAAUACUUUAAAUAUAAGCAAAAAGUUUGGUUCUCAGGCUGGGCCAAGUCCAUUUACAUUUGGUAUUUCCUAUGAUAAAAAAGAUGCAAAGAUCGAAACAACAGCAGCACCAGCGUCACAAAAGUUUUCAUUUAACAAGUACACACCAACCAUAUCAACAACACACAAAAAAUGGGAAGCACAAACAGUGAAUAAAGCGCCAAUUUCAACAGUUGGAUAUGGUGCAAAGAAGUGCACGCCAUCUGAAGUUGUUUUAGGUCAUGUUGGCUCGCCGUUAAACACAUCAAACUCAUCGCCAGCCUUGGGAAACUUUGGAAGUAAAAUAGAGAGCAAACCGGCAUCUGAAGUAGACAGUACAAAGACAGAACUAAAAAACAUUUCCCCGAACAUGUUGCACAGUUCUAAGUCUAGUACUAAUUUUGUAGAAAACGUUAGGAAUUCCUCUCUAAAUGAGCAAGGAGUGGGUGGUUUAAAAGAACACAAUCAAGGUACUUCAGCCACCAAAUUCAGUGUAAGUGGCUUACGGCGUGCGGCAUCAAUGAAAGUGCGGCCGACGUAUGAAAACUCGACAUCUAGAGAAGCCUUUGAUAAAAACACCAGACAGCAUACUCCAUCACCACUUGCAAAGAACUUUGAAAGAUCUCAAUCAAGUUUUGAUAGACCAACAUCAGCACUUUCUAAUGAACGUGCUAUGUCAACACGCAGUUAUAAAAAAGACAGUCCACCCAGAUCAACUGGGCUGAACAUGACUGGACUAAGGUCUGUUUCUAGCGUCAAAGAAGCUAAGACUUCUUCUUAUCGAUCAGCAGAGCAGCAACAAUAUACAAGUAGCUCUGCAAAUACGAAUGGAAUCGCACCUACAAGUACUGUUGCAUAUACAACCCAGUCUUCCUCUCCAAGCAACGACAGAUCGGAAUCUCCAUUUGCUUCCAACAGAUUAUCAAUUGGAUCGAACUUUCAGAGGUCGGUUUCUCCGAGAGCAUCACCACGGUCAUCUCCGAGAGCAUCCCCAUCAAUUCAACGAAGAAAUGAACCUGCUCGGCCUGCAGCUGAAGCGCCGGAUCUUAAGAAGCAAUCCGUUGCAGAUAGAAUGGCAUUUUUUAGACAGGCGCAGGACCAAGAAAAGAAAGCUAUCGAAAAGCAAAAAGCGCAAGAGGAGCAAAGAAAAAGAUUAUCAUCGGCUCCUACAGAAGAACCGAAAAACGAAGACAAGAAGGAAGAUGAAAAACCAGAGAAGAAAGAAGAAAAAACAGAGAAAAAAGAAGAAAAGGAAGAACCAGAAGUAAAAGACAGUGAAAAGAUGAAAUAUGCCGCACCCUGCAUGAAAAAGAGAGAGAAGAAGAAGGUUGUUCGGCGUACAAUGUCCAUUGGUAGCAUUGUAUUAGAUUGGGUACAAGAAAUGAUAAGGGACUACCCAGUUGAAGUGAAAAAUUUCAGCGCUAGCUGGAACGAUGGCAUGGCAUUUUGUGCAUUGAUACAUAAAUUCAAUCCUGAUGCCUUUGACUUCAGCGAGUUAAAACCUGAAAACAAAAGAUACAACUUUGAUUUAGCAUUCAACACAGGAUUAAAGGUCAAAAAUAUCCCUAUAUUAUUGGAUACAGAAGACAUGGUGAUGUUAGCAAAACCUGAGCCAAGAAGUGUGCAAACGUAUAUUCAAUGGAUUUGGAGUGUCUAUGGUCCUACUUCUGGAUAUGGACCAACUCCAAAAGAGGUUCAGUCUUAAUUAUGGACAGUUGUUAGGGACACGUUUCAUCGUGUACCCGCUUGACUCCCUCCGGGAUAGUAGGUCGUAAUUGUAGGAAGCUAACGAAGAUUAUGCACGCAUUAUUGUUAGUGUACACGUUUUUUUAACAUAAGAAACAUACUUUUUGGUUUAA